AUGUUUUGGCUAAAUUUUAUUGAUGGUUCAUACUUUGAUCAUCCUUAAUUUGUAAUUACUAUUUUUAAACAUCAAAGGAGAGUUAUGUUAGAUAUAGGAUUGUAUGGUGAAUUCUUGCAGGGAAAAUGCCAAUUUCCAUCCAGAGGAAGAUGAAGAUGUGUUUGAAAAAUUUGCAGAUGACCAUCCACUGUCAGGUUUGUUUCUCCUUUUGCACAUUUUGUUUGGAAGAUUUUUUAAUUUUAAUCAGUGAAUUUCAUGACCCUUGUGUGAAAUGCAGAUCGGGUCCCUGCCCUCCCCUCCCUAACAGAUUUCAGGUCCAUGUUGGUAAUACAACCUGGGUAGUGUGGUAACACAUUGACCUUAGCAAGUCCUUAAACAUGAAUCUGAUGAUCCAUAGUAAUUCCCUCUACUGUCUGUGAUACAAUUCUUAUGAUGUUAGUUCAGAGAAUUUGAUAUUGGAUCUACCAAUUAUAAUCCCCUAAUUGACAUUUUUCUUUAUUCUCAUCACUUGUCUGCUUGAUGUUGUAUUGAUAUUAUAAGGCAAAAUUCUUUCUUGGUCAAUCAUGGGAGUUCUAUGGUCAAAUGUAUUGUGACUGUCUCAGGUGAUGAUGCUCAAUUGAAAAAGUCAUCUCCAGAAGAGGGGGAUUCAGUGGAUAGACUGAAACAGAAUAUUGGGUCUCCUAAUAACACUGGAACUGCAAUUAAAAACCCGGCCUCCAGAGAACCAACUCCACGGUUAAGAGGACCAAUUAGUAAGAGGUAGGUUUCUGAAUGGUGAAGGGGGGGAAUCAAUAAACUUAAUUCAAUAAUGACAUUUUCAUUUGAAAGAUCUCAACCUCUAUGAGCGGCGGCAAAUUUUCCUUUUGAUUUAAUAAUUGAAUUUGGCAAAUAAGCUUCGUGUGUGCAUUUUGUCACUUUUUGUAGGUUGUCAUUCAUAACUGGGCAAUCACCAAUUGAAUUAAAAGACGAUCAAGUACAUGCUGGGUAAUUCUCAUCUAAUUGUUUUUUUAUUUUUAUUGUUAGUUAUUUUACUUUAGAAACACAACACAUCACAAAGUUAAGGGCUUGCUGUGUUUCUACCCUGACCUGACAAGAAACAAUUAUUUGUGUCAAGAAAGGAGGUCUUCAUGGUUUGGAAGAAAAUUCAGAUUAAUGUACUUGUUUGAUAAUGGUGAUGUACAUUAUAUCACUUGGAAGUACUUUAUUGCAAGUGCCUACUUGAAAAUAUCCAAUCAGGUGUCAGAAAAAGUGAAAAAACUUAACUGAAACAGCAACAGUAAUUAUAUAUUUUAUUUUUUUGGUUUGCUUGUGUGUCUUGAACUCAAUUUUGAUGAGUCAGUAUGUACCAGACCUGUGCGAAUCUCUUCAAGGUGAUCAUGGUUUUGCAAGUUUCACAGUACUUAAGGCAAUUUGUGUUUUUCUUAUUGUAUCAUUUCUUAGAGAUUCAUCGGAUGACAAAUGUGCAAAGACUAGUGGUGAGGAGGUUGGAGAUAGUGACACUGAAAUUGACGUUGUUAACGAGGAUCCACAAAUGGUAACAGAGGAAGCUGUCAAUGAAACUUCUUACAAAAAAAAACCUAAAUCAUUGAAAAAGACCCCUGCAGUAAAAAAAAAGCACAGCAUUGUGGCAGAUGAAAGUGAAGAUGAGGACAUCAUUGAUGUAACAGGAACUGAAGAAGAUACUUUUCUAACCAUUGGGAAUAUAUCUCGUGCAGCGAAGAUCAACACAGCUGUCCAUAAAUCGCCGCUGCCUGCCCAGGCUGACAGUUUUGUCAUGAGUGAGAGUUUUGUGUUGGAAGGAACAAAACACAAGUCUAUGUCUCCAGAGUUUGGUUCUAGUUCAGACUGCCAGGACGAGCCAGCAACUAAAGGAUAUAAAUCUCGAAUACCUGUGUUAACAAAGGGAUAUCCAAGAAAUAAGGCAGCACUAAAAAGGCCAGUCAAAGGAAAAAAGGCAAAUGUGACGAGAGAUCCAGAGAGUGUCAUGGUUUCAGUGGUGGGACAAGGUGAUGACGAGGAGGAAAGAACAGGCUUGACAGUUACUGAGAAAGAACAAGCGAGGCCACUGCAGGGGAAACGUACAAGAGGAGGGAAGACAAAGAAUGUGGAAGAGCCCCAUGAACUAAAGACAAUAAAGGGAAGGGGAAGAAAAAAUGUACCAAAUAUCACGCAUCAGACAAGCAGGGUAACCAGGGGAAGCAAGCAGAAAAAUGAAAAUGGCAACGAAGACGAUGAAGAAGUUGAUAAUCAAAAGGAUGAUGGUGGUUUUAAAAAGGCAGCAGUUCGAAAGGGAAAACCAACGAAGGAGAACAAGGGUAAAAAGAAGAAGGAGCAAAUAGAAAUUGUGGGAAAAGGAACCGAGCAACAAGAUGGAGUGGAUACAACACAACCCUGGGGAAGGAAUAUCAGAGGGCAGAGGAAAAGGGGGCAAGAUGGCAAAGUUCAUGAACAGAAUGGAAAGGCAGAAGCACUGCAAGUGACAGUUGAUGAUGAGGACGAUGAAAAUUGUGAACGUGGAAACAUGGAUUUAGUGCGAACAGGGUUGGAGACCGAAGGAACUGGAAGAGACGAGGAAUCGUCAGUGGUCCAAAGAAAGGAGAUGACUAAGAAAAGUGGUACCGAUCUGACUCAGGGUUUUGGAAAUACUGGAGCAAGGAAGUCCAAAGGCAUUGCUAGAGUUCAAAAUUUGGAAGAAAGGGAGGAGGAUGACGAUAUGUCUAAAAAAAAGAGAGGGAAACGAGGAAAAGGAAGAAGAAAAAAUGAAGAAACUACUGCCAAAGAGGACAGUCGAGUCGUUGACAUUGCAGCAGAGUUGGACGAAGCGCAAGAUGAUGACUUUGAGGAAAAUACCAAUGAGUUUGAGAAAACAAAUGAUGUUUCCGUGAGGAGGAUGUCCAAUGUGUCCAGUAAUGUUUCUUCAAGCUCCGAGUCUUCAAAGAAGACGAGCAACGGUGUCGCGAGCAAGCGAAGGAAGGUGUCACGGGUAUUACCACCAUAUGCAAGGAAACGAAGAGCAGGUAAAGCAAACAACUCGAAAGACUCCUCCAAGACGAGCAGUUACGACUCUACUGAACUAAGCGUGGACGCCAAAAAACAAAGAUUGCAGGACGAAGCGAAUGAAACGAGCACUGCAAAGGAUUCCCCGAGAAAGGACACCAAAACAAAUGCUGGUAAAACUAGUAGAAAUAAACGAGAUACGAGGAAAUCCGGAGCAAAGAAGAACUCUUUAACAACAGACAACUUUAAUGAAAGAGCUGAUGUAAAUGAUUUAUCGCAAGGAGUAGAAGACGACAACGGUUUGUUGGACGCUCCAGCUGAACCAGUAACAGCGUUGAAGUCAAUUCUUAAAUCUGGAGGCAGUGUGCGACGAUCAACUAAAGGUAAUUAUACUAUUAUGUGGAACACUGUAGACUGUAUCUUACAUCAUAGUUAGUGACUGAGUGAGUAUGAACAAGCAACGUUGAUUUUUCUAAACGUUGCUAGUCUUUUUAAAAGUACGGUCAACAGCAGCCUAAAUUUUUCUUCCGCGAUAUUUACAAACACGGAGUCACUCUGUAUUGUAAAAUUUCUCCCGGUUUGUUCGUUUGUUUGUAUGUCUAUUACAGGUGCCAGGAAGCGUCAGAUGACAAUAGGGAAGUCACACUCGGGCGGUAGUGACGCCGAUGACGAGAGCCUACAACCUGCCAAGCAGCCAAACAGAAAAAGUCUUUCUUCCGUCAGUUUUGCUUCAACCCCAUUCGUUCGUGGAUCACCGUCUGUGCCAGCAAACGUUUCCCCGAUUAGUCUAUCGUUUGCGUCUAAGAACAGCUCUUACAAAUCCGCAGAUGGGACAUUUACCCCCGGAAGUGCUCGAACUGUCAGAUCAUCUGUGGGUUCUGCCAGUGGCUCCAGUGUUGGUGAUAACUCUAAAGUUGAUCCUGAAGAGGAGGUCACCAUCACAAAUGAUACCAUGCAACCAGAAGGUGAGUUAGGUCGAAUUUUCUCAUCGGGGCUGGUGCGUAACGAGCUGCACCCUCGGUGGAGAGAUGUGUGUUCGAGCCCUGUCCCAGUCAGUUUGAUAUGUUCUCUCAGAGUGCUUCUCUCUUCCCAAGAGUGUAAAAGGAGACAGGCAAACUGCCACAGAACUUGAUGAAUUCUGUCCAGGUGGAAUAACAAUACUCCCAGUCGCUUCAUGUUACGAAAAAAGGAAAAGCUCCAAACUGGCUAAGAUAAAUUUUAUUUACGUAUUGUUUUCGCAGUUUCUCCUAAUGAACAGCAUACUAGGAGAAGCAAACGCACCAUCGUGCCGCCUCUUCAAUACUGGAAAAACGAGCGAAUAGAUUAUGAGCGACGAAAAUCAGGUACCGUUAACUUAAUUGAGAAUCUUUUUUUAAAUAAAUUUUAGCUCCAGGUGUGUUGAUAAAACUACAUUAGCUCCUGUAGAGUGACGGACAGCAACCGCCGUCGAAUCAAGUUCAGAGCCAUCACAACCCGACCAAUCACAAGAUACUUUGGUUCAAAUGAGCCUUAUGAUUGGUUGACUUGUUGUAACCUCAUUUCUUUCCAUUCCAACCAAUCACAGGCCUGGGAAAAGGAAGGAAAGCCCUCAUCCAUAGUAACAAAAAGAAGCUAGUCGGGGUAACUGAUGAUGAUUUGUUUUUCUUUGUUAGGUGGCUGGUGCAUAAAGGGCAUUAUAAAAAAUCCAACUCCAACACCAAAGUACAGGAAGAAGCGGAAACAAACAGUGAAACUUUCUGUUCAAAAACAAACCAACGGUGAAUUUGUUGAUUGUGUUAUUUACCAGGAAAGAGUUCCUCCCUUCUAAUAUGUUUGCUGCCGUAUAUACGCACUCGAUCUCUCCAGUGCUCUCCCCCGCUUGUUUCUCUCUUGUUUUGUUCCUGCCCCCCCCUCGCCUUUCUUCCUUGUCCCCAUUACUCUUCCCAUUUCUUGCUCUGUUCUUACCACCCUCAGGUCUCCCUUGUCACUCCUCCCCCCUACUCAUACUUUUCCCUCCGCUCUCUCUUUUCCUUCGCCCCUCUCUCCCCCCAUCCUUUUUCCUUUCAUUCUCAAAUAGCUUUUCCAAACAUGUAACAUCUUACUCACAGCUCUGCUCUUUAUGUGUUAACAGUCUCUCUCGGUCUCCAAUUUGGGUGGUGAUUCUUAUUCUCUGCGGUACAAUGUCAUCAUUUUCGACAAACAAGGCUUUCCACUUUCCGUGAACCGAUUUUUAGAAAUGAUGUAUUUAGAACGUAUAGUAUGUUACAUUACGGUAUAACAGUCAAACAACGGUAAAGGAGUUUUUGAUUUCACUUUGCAGCAAACUCUCUUGAUUCUUCUGAGGAAGAACCGGACAAUGUGAGUUCUACUUAAAUGACCCUCUGUUAUUUACUAUAAAUGCAGCUUGCUGACGGGUUCAGUGACUCAAAUUUCCUUACAGUGUCUUACCAAUUAUUACCUCAUAUUGUGCGAAGCAGUUAAAGGACUGAAGGAGUUUUAUAUAAAACUUAUUUUAUUUAUUUACACCAGGAUUUGGAAGGAUUCCAAGAGAUCACAAACCCAAAAGGCACAGUGUUAAACUCAGAUAACCACGAAGAAGUCUCUAUGGGUACGUGUUUUAUAUUUCACUGCAAACUAAUAAAGUAAAGCGUUGGACCGAGGUCAAGCACAAAUCUUGGAGCUGGUGUUAAGUGUGCGGAAUAGGACUGUUACUGGCGACACUGAAUGAACUUAUCAAAACAUGAGCUACGGUUCACUUGACUCUGAUGAUAAGCUUUGCUCACGCCCGCCGAUAACCUACAUUUGCUUUUUUUCAGACAUUUUCCAUACCCCCGGUAUGUUAAACUUCACGAAUCCCACGGGAAAACCCGCACAGGAGAACGACCCUCUUGUUGUUCACAAAUAUAUCUCACAGCCUCUGUUUGGAGGCGGUCAAGUGAUAUUGAGACCUGGAGCCGAAAAGGGAAAGCAGUUUGUACGACAAGAUACAAUGGUAAGCGUCAUUUCCUUGUUAUGUGAACAAACAUGGUAUCACAGUUAUAGUCUAGGAGCAGGCCGUUGUUACUUUCGCAGUAGAACGUCCGUUUCUCUGCUUGCGGAAAGAAUUAUUGACGCGAGUCAGGGAGAGGUUUGCUGGGGGGGUCUGGCACUCUGAAUAAAACUCAUCUGGUGUGAUUGUAUAUGAAAGAAAAGACUGACUGAUAGGCUGAGGUGAACAAAAGAGCGGACGAGAGAACGAACGAAACAGAAGGAAAGAUUGGGGUAAUUUAGUAUCAUCAACUGAGUCGAUAAACGUAAAUUUGAAAAGAGUUUAAAAGCAGACGUUUUCAGAAUUAGCCCUUCGUCAGAGCGGUUGACGAAGGGCUAAUGCGACUGACUAAGGGCUGAUACUCGAAACGUCAGCUUUUAAACUCUUUACGGUGGCCAGUUUUAAGUUUUAUCAUUGUUUUGCUAUCACUUUUUUUUUUAAACUGUUGUAAGUAUUCGUGAAACAUUUAACUAACGCCUAUGAACAAUUUUUGGAAGGUUUUUUACAUUAUCAAGGGAAGAGUCAAGGUGACAGUUCACAAGUCUUCGGCAAUACUUCACACAGGCUCAACAUUCUAUGUUCCUCAAGGUAAAUAUCUCUUUCAUUUCUUCUCCUCUUAGGAUUAAGAUUCUGGUUAGACGAAAUUUGUUCAAAAGAUUGCUUACCGAAUAUAUGCACUUUACAGUCGUCGCGGCCGUAGUAAUUUCGUUGUAAAAAGUAUACUACUGUACAACGAAGUUGACUUUAACACCUCUCUUUGUUUGUACCUGUGAAGGUUUUUUUGCACAACUUAUUUCAUGACUAAGAGACAAAGAACAUAACAAGUUUCAUGCGAUAUUAGAGAGAUGAGUGUGAGAGCAGCUUCAAAUUGUUCCUCUUCUCGAGCUUGUAGAAAAUCGGUCCUUUCACCUCAUUUACGCGUUAGUCAGUAAAUCCACGUAGACUAGAGCUAAAUAGAGUGCAUGUCGAUUGAGUGUCGUAAAAUAAGUAAAUACAGCUGUCAAUCAAAGGAAAGCAUUGCAGUAAGCCAAUGGGAACCCAAAGUUAAAACAAGCUAACUGCCCCACGCGCGGAAAAACACGGGUGAGUAUGUCGUGAUUGGGUUUAGUGUUACACGUAAUUGAUUGAGAGGUCAGUACGUUCAGACCAAUCAUAGAGCGGUUACGAAUGACUGCCAAUACUCAUUUGAAAAUUUCUCUAUCGCGUAUUUAGCUGGAGAUGUUUUUAUUUAUCUUUAACUGUUUCUUUUUCAGGAAAUUCCUACAACAUUGAGAACUUGAAGAAAACAAAUGCUUACUUGCAGUUUGUGCAAAUCAAGGGAUAGUCAAUGUUUACUUCUUGUGGGAGAAGGCAAAGCUGUUAAAAAAAAACUGUUUUUUGUUCUUUACCAGGAAUCGUGUAUAUCGUAGAUAUCAGAGCCCGAUUGCAAAUUCAGCGUCUAGUAAAUCAUUUUGUAGUGAAAUAGAGAAAUGAUUUUGUCUCUAAGAGGUUAUCUACCUAUUCUUGCAGCAUGAAGAGAUUUGAUAGUCACCUUGCUGUAGGAAGGUUCCAUUUCUAUGGAAUUUACUAAGCUUUAGCUUUAAGACGGCUUUUUGAGUUUUUAUGGACGUCAGCUUCAUCACGUUCUACAUAAAAACAGAAAAAAAGUCUAUUGAGAACUAAACCGCCUUGAAAUCACAUUAGGCCAGAUUUUUCUGACGUGCAAGAGUGUAUGGCUGUUUAUUGUAGGAGGAAAUUUUAUUCCA